GCUGCCUCCAAAGCUUCGUCUGAGCCUCUUGCUUAUUCAACCCUCUGCCUCUUCCCCUCUCACCAUCUUUCUUGCAUCUGCUGCUGCUUGCUCCCCGUCCCCCUUCUGCGACUGCUGUCUUCUUGAGGCAAUCCUGCUCUCAUGUGUGUUCCGCCCUGUGUUUCCUAAGCCGCUUGGUGCGCAAAUCUGUGUGGAAUCGUGGCGCUGCGUGUUGGAUAUCGGAGCGUGAAUCGUUCGGCGCUGUAGUGUUGAGGAGACUGGGAGACCCGGGUUUUGAGAUUGGGAGUUUUCAUGUUCUGCUGAGUCUGUUGCGUGAAUUUUUGUUUCCGAGGGUUAUCUCUACAGAGUGCGGUGUUUUUUCCGAGGGUUUCAGGUGUGUUUGUGUGAAGGAGGUUUGAAUUUGAUAGUUCGUAAAGGUGAGGAUUGAACAGGGAGGUAUUGAGGAGCUGUUUGGAGUGAGUGUGAGAAAUAAAUAUUUAAAAAGCGAUCAGCAAGGUGGCGGCACACUCUUUUAUGUCUGAAGCCGGCUGCUAUUACCUGGGGUCGGUUGGGCUCUUAGGAGAAUAUUGUCCUACAACGAGAAAGAGAUACAAACAUCUUUCGAGUCCAUCCAGUACUCCCACUCGGCUGCAUGUGGCUCAGCUAAUUAGUGUGUUGCGCUUUCGUGAGUCAGCAUCCUCUUCGGUUUCUUAACGCUUUCAAUCAUGGCGCUUCAGAAUAUCGGUGCUGGCAACCGCGAUGACGCCUUUUACAGGUACAAGAUGCCCAAGCUCAUCACCAAGAUUGAAGGGCGUGGAAACGGCAUCAAGACGAACGUCGUUAACAUGGUGGAUGUGGCGAAGGCACUCGCAAGGCAUCCUGCCUACACCACCAAGUACUUUGGUUGUGAGCUAGGGGCUCAGUCAAAGUAUGACGAGAAAACUGGUACGAGUAUCGUGAAUGGUGCUCAUGAUACUUCGAAGCUCGCUUCGCUGCUUGAGAACUUUAUCAAGAAGUAUGUGCAGUGCUAUGGAUGCGGUAAUCCUGAGACGGAGGUGGUCAUCACCAAGACGCAGCUCAUAACAUUGAAAUGUGCUGCAUGUGGUUACGUAUCUGAUGUUGACAUGCGUGAUAAGCUGACCACAUUCAUUUUGAAGAAUCCACCAGAACAGAAAAAAGGAGGUAAGAAGGACCGUGCUCUGCGACGGGCAGAGAAGGAGCGUCUCAAAGAGGGAGAAGCUGCGGACGAACAAAUGAAGAAGCUCAAGCGAGAGGCUUCGAAGAAGAGUAAAUCAGGGUCUGAUGCCAAAGUUGUGAAGAAGAAACAAGGGUCUGAUGAUGAAGAGCAUUCCCCUUCUGCAAGCCAAGCUGAUGAGGAAGAAUCUGUUGCUAAUGAUGAAGAUGAUGUGCAGUGGCAGACUGAUACGUCUGCCGAGGCUGCACAGAGGAGGAUUAUCGAGCAGUUGACUGCGGCAACAAGUGAGAUGGUAAUGGUUGGGAAUGGUGUUGAAUUGAGCGAGCCCUCGCCAAGAUCGAAGAUUAAUGGCCAAACUGCCCCGAAGUUGCUGAAGAAGUCGUCCUCUAAAAAGUCGGAGACAGAGAAUGAGGUGAACGAGAUGAAAGAGCCAGAUUCUCCGAAGGAGGAGUUGAGUCCUCGAGAAAAGUUUCUACUUGAUUUCAAGGAGUGUCUGAAGAAGGGGAUGACUCCUGCGCAAAUGGCAGUCCAAUUGAACAAGGCUUCUCCCAGAAGUGAAGCAAUGGACGCAUUUUUCGUCGCUCUUUUCGAAGGUUGCGGCAAGGGGCUGCAUAAAGAAAUUACCAAGAAGAAGGCUUAUCUGGAUGCAGCUGUGCAGGAUGAAAUUUCACAGAAGGACCUCUUAGCUGCGAUUGAAACAUUCUGCUGUGCUCUUCCCCCGAAUGCAAGUAAGGAGAUUCCACUCUUGCUCAAGGUUUUGUAUGACGAAGAAAUCCUUGAAGAGGAGCAGAUAUUGCUCUGGUAUGAUGCAGUACCGUCAACAAAUGGUUCAGCGAAUAGUCCUGGUGCUUUGGUGAGGAAGUCUGCUCUCCCAUUCGUUGAUUGGCUUCGCAGCGCGGAGGCUGAAUCUGAGGAGGAGGACGAUGAGUGAUGUAGUUGUCCCGAUGAAUUGUGAUGAAACGUGUAAUGGUUUUUUUUAAGUAGUUAAUGCUCAUUAUGUGUUCUCGACGGUUAUACGAAAUGUCGGUUACUAUAUAGCAGCUUUUUCUAAUUCAAGUUUUGAAAUGUACUCUUAACUGCAGUAAUAAUAAAGUGGAGUAUAUGGAUAUUGAAUGUG